ACCUUCCUGCAACAAUCAAUCAAUUAAGUGUCUGAUUUCGACUGUUUACACGUAGUUUAGUGAUCAACGAGAAGUUUUUGUAUUUGAUUUUUGUUUAAGGGAAGAAUAAGAGUGUUUAAUGAUGGAAUUUUCGUACAAAUUUCUUUUUUAUUUUAUUUUGAUUUUAUACUUCAUUCCCGAUACUAAGAGUAAAAAAGAGGCACAAACUCUUGCUGAAAGAGUUCAAGAACUAACUGAUAUGUCUUCAAAACGAGCAAUCAUUAGAUUAACAGGUGAUAAAUUUCGCCAAUUUAUUAAAGCUACUCCUCGAAACUACUCCUUUAUUGUUAUGCUGACAGCUUUAUCUCCUCAUCGACAAUGUGUAGUUUGCAGGCAUGCUCAUGAAGAAUUUCAGUUGGUAGCUACAUCUUGGCGCUUUUCCAAUGCAGUUAACAACAAACUUUUCUUUGGAAUGGUUGAUUUUGAUACUGGACCUGAUGUUUUCACAUCUUUGGGUAUGAAUUCAGCCCCAGUUUUCAUGCAUUUUCCUGAGAAAGGCAAGCCUAAAAAAGGAGACCAAAUGGACAUUCAAAGAAUAGGAUUUCAAGCUGAAACUAUUGCUCGUUGGAUUGCUGAAAGAACAGAUAUUCAGAUUCGAGUGUUUAGACCCCCAAACUAUUCUGGAACAAUCGCUCUAGUCAUACUUUUUGCCUUAAUUGCAGCACUUCUUUACAUGAGAAGAAAUAAUUUAGAUUUUUUGUACAACAAAACAUCAUGGGGAUUAGGUGCUUUGUGUAUUGUUUUUGCUAUGACUUCUGGCCAGAUGUGGAAUCAUAUUCGAGGACCACCAUUUAUGCAUCGUACAAGUAAGGGUACAGUGGGUUAUAUACAUGCUAGCAGUGGUGGCCAAUUCAUUGUUGAAACUUAUAUUGUGAUUGUUUUGAAUGCUGCUAUUGUGAUUGGCAUGGUGCUUUUGCAGGAGGCUGCUUCCUGUCGGGGAGAUUCAAAGAAACGAAAAAUAAUGUCUGUCACAGGAUUAGCUGUUGUUGCAAUAUUUUUCAGUCUGCUCCUAUCUGUAUUCAGAAUGAAAGCUCAAGGUUAUCCUUACAGCUUUCUUUUCAAAUGAUGACAAAAAGGGCAUGAUCAAAGCAUGAAUCACUAUCUCAUGUAUUUCUCUUCAUCUCAACAAAAUACUGAUGUGGAACCCCUUUGCACCCAACACUCAUUACCAUUGAAUCAGUGCAAUAAAAGACUGUAUUGAAACAUUUUAUAGAAAAAAAAAAGGUUUUUGUAUUAUUCAAA